AUGGAAGCCUCUAUAGCAAGGGAGCUCUACGCAUCUCAGAAGCAACAAGACAGGAGCCAGCUGCCCAGAGUCUUGUAUAUACCCUGCCAUUCCGACACGACCUCACAUUUAGCAUUAUACCAUACCAGCUCCUGGUGGAUCGAGGCGACUGGUGAUGGCGCCCCUCUCGCAUAUACCGUCAAGUUUACCACAAGGGACAAUGGCAUUAUCGUCGGGAAGUUGGAGUAUCAUGUUCAACCGGAUCCGACAGUGGCGGACAAGGCCCUGGUGGAGAUCGACAGUGCACAGCCGACUGACCCAGUCGCAAUCGGCAUCUCAUACCCCAUUCCGCCAUCAGAGAGCCAGGGCGGGACAGCCAAGCUUCCCUACUUCCAUUUCCGGAUGCCUUUUGGAACAGAGAUGACUCAAUUUGACUAG